AGAGGUAACCUGGCGAGUGGUAGCGGUGCUUCUCGGUGCUGGGCUCACGCUUUCAACUAGAGGCCGAGACUGUCCGGGCGGCGGCAACCUCUGCGGCAGGGCUGAGCCUCUCGGAGGAGUGCUGGAGUACGGCCUGGAGGAGGGGCUUCCGGGCAGCCCAGAGUCUAUCAUAAUGAAUGGAUCCAGUGUAGCAAGUACAUCACCAAAUGUAAAAUCCAAAGAGGACCAGGGGUUAAAUGGGCAUGAUGAAAAAGAGAAUCCAUUUGCAGAAUACAUGUGGAUGGAGAAUGAAGAGGAUUUCAACAGACAGGUGGAGGAGGAGCUGCAGGAGCAAGACUUUUUGGACCGCUGCUUCCAGGAGAUGCUGGAUGAAGAAGACCAAGACUGGUUUAUUCCUUCACGGGACCUGCCUCAGGCCAUGGGACAGUUGCAACAACAGUUAAAUGGACUGUCAGUCAACGAUGCUCAUGAUUCUGAAGAUAUUUUGAGCAAAAGUAACCUGAACCCGGAUGCCAAGGAAUUUAUUCCCGGAGUCAAGUACUGAGCUGACAGAAAGCUCUGAGCAGGACUUGUCUGUCCCCACAUCUGGGGACAGUGCUGCACAAAAAGGCAGAGCUAAGG